GAGAGAGAGUGUGAGUGAGUGAGUGAGUGAGGAAAAAGCUCGCGAGGAUUAAGAGCAAGGCAGCUGUUGGGUGUAAAGCAUGCAGAUGCGCUCUGGGUGUGAAAUGCGCCUUACGCGGAAACGCUGGACCAUUUGCACCAUCGGCCUCCUUUUGAUCGUCUAUAAGACGAAAGAAAGAGCAAGAAGUACUGAGCAUCAGGAAGCCCAACUCACAAGUGAGAAUGAGCUGAGUACUUCGAGACUAAUGGUCAAUGGCAGUGAGAAAGUCUUUCGCAAGAACCUUCCGGCAUAUUUGCAGGCCAGCCAAGAAGGAUGGAAGGUCAAUGCUACUCUAGUUGGGCUAAUAAGGAAGGACAUCCUCCGCUUCUUGGACGCAGAAAGGGACGUGUCCGUGAUCAAGAGCAGCUUUAAACCUGGUGACACCAUCCACUACGUUCUCGAUCGACGCAGGACACUGAACGUCUCGCACACUCUGCACAGCCUACUUCCUGAGGUCUCACCUCUCAAGAACAAAAGGUUCAAGACCUGCGCUGUGGUGGGUAACUCGGGCGUGCUCCUCAAGAGCGGAUGUGGGAAGGAGAUAGACAGCCAUGAUUUUGUUAUAAGAUGUAACCUCGCUCCCCUGGCUGAGUUCGCUGAGGAUGUGGGCUUAAGGUCAGACUUCACCACCAUGAACCCAUCUGUGAUUCAGCGUGCAUACAGCGGUCUUUUGAAUGAGACGGCGCGUGAGCGCUUUGUGCAGCGUUUGAGUCUGUUGAAUGACAGCGUCCUGUGGAUUCCAGCCUUUAUGGUGAAGGGAGGAGAGAAGCACGUGGAGGGCGUCAAUGAGCUCAUCCUCAAGAGAAAGCUCCCAGUGCGCAUGGCCUACCCCUCCCUCCGCCUGGUCCAUGCUGUCAGAGGGUACUGGCUCACAAACAAAGUAAACAUCAAGCGUCCCAGCACUGGAUUGCUGAUGUACACUAUGGCCACACGUUUCUGCGAUGAAAUCCACUUGUACGGAUUCUGGCCGUUCCCAAAAGACGCCAGUGGAAACCCAGUGAAGUAUCAUUACUACGACAUGCUCAAAUACAGAUACUUCUCCAACGCAAGUCCUCACCGGAUGCCACUCGAGUUCAAGACGUUAAAAACGUUACACAGCAAAGGGGCACUAAAGCUGACGACGUCUAAAUGUAAACCAACUUGAAUGGUCUCCCAUCUUAAAAAAAGACAGACGAUGCAGCUGAGUGACAGGAAAGCCCACUCGAAUCCUUUGAAGCUGAACUGAACAUGCCUUCAAUUGGAUAUUUCACAGGCACUAUCUGCAGAAUCAAAAAUGCUUCAACGUGCUCUAUCAUGUUUCAGUAAUUCAAUAUCCCAAUUCACUGGCGAACUGUAAAAGAGCUCCUGAGCUACAGAUACCUUGCAAUAGUUUGACUGGUGAGUUAAGCCUCAUCGGUUGUUUUAUACGUGAAUACUGUCUGGUCGUUCUCAGUGAUUUCAUCUGAAAAGAGUAGCAUUGUUCCAACAGGAAAGUUACUGUAACAUCUUAUCAGUCCCAAAGAUCUUAAUGUUCCUUGAGAGAUUAUAAAUUUUUUUUCUUUCUUUCAGUGCUGUAAUUUUUAGGAGCUAGAGGCCUUUGUGCAAAUUAGUGCAAAUUUAUUUUUAUAUGAAUGUAGAUCAUACAGUACUUACAUGUUCGAUUUGCUGUGUUCAAGAUGUCAGUAAUUUUUUAAGCCAUUUCAAGCCUCGAAGAUGUAAUAUACUGUACGUCUGAAUGGUAAUACCACUUGCGUAAAUGAUACACAGUUUGUUAGAAGGGUGAUUGUGUUCCUGGAAUGUACCAUAUUUAUUGAGCCUGAAUAUUGAGAGAGAACAUCUCUCAACUGAUUUCACUUUUUUUUUUUUUUUUCCCAAUGAUGUUUAAAAGGCCUGGAUAUACUGAACUAUUCAUCAGGUAGUAUAGUUUUUGUUUGUUAUUGAACUGUGAUUUGUGUAUCAUUCAGUAUUUCGUUGCCACAGUGUCAGCGUUUCACAGUUAGCUGCUUUUUGAUUGGACAGUUACCUUUCCGUUGACUUUCAAAAUACGGAUUUUCCACACAGCCAUUUUUUUUUUCAGCUUAAAAUGACAGGCAUGAAUAUUUAACAGUGAUUCCACAAAAUCGAGUCGUACAUGAGCUGAUAGCCAACGAGGCACGUAAUGCCGAGUCUGCUAUAAGCCGUGUACGACGAGAUUGAAUGGAAUAACUUUUAUUCUAGCCACAUUCACUGGAUUUUGAGAAACGGAGCAUUUUUAUUUUUUGCAAAUUGGAUAAAUAAAAACUUCCGACAAAAUCAUUUCCGCUUAGAACGUAAACAAACCAAUGAAACGACAGGAGCAAUUUGUGAAAAAUACUAUCAUAAUUCUUGAAAAAAAAAUUUUUUUUUAAUACGUUCUUACCAUCAAAUACUUUUAUUCCAUAUUUUGUUUUGAGGUUUGUUUGUUUUUGUUUUUUUUGUUUUUUUUUUGGGUGGGUUGUUUUCAAGUAGGGUUUUUAUUUCAUCCUCAGUUGGUUCAGCAACAAGCUCUGCCAUUUUGUUUUUCUCUACUCGUGGUAUAUGAGCCGAUAGCCUCGUAGUAGAGUAGCCAAUCAGAGCGCGCGAUUGCUCAUAUCCAGUGAACGUGGAUAGAAUAAUAUACGGUGUAAGAUUUCACUGAAAUAUUCCUAGCACAGGUAAAGACUACAAUCCUGUCCUCGUCAUGUGGCCUGCUGAUGAUUUAAGUUUAACUUCUACAGCCACAAACCCUACACCAAGCACUCAUAAUAAAGAUCAAAUAUUGAAAUAAAAUGUAGCACAUAUGGAAUGUUUAAUGUGAUGGCUAUGCAUGCAUAAUGGAAAUGAAGACAGUCCCCUCUCUGUGAUUUAUACAGCGAUUACUUAUCCUAUGCGACGUGAUCAUGAUUAAUACAGAUGUCCUCUGGCAAAGUUAUUUCCGCAGAUACGGCACUGUGCAAAAGUCUUCGGCACCCUUUUUUCUUUUUCAUACAAACUUUGUUAUAGAUUUCUAUUUUAUGACUUCUACAUUAUCGAGUCAGUACGAAAACAUUUUUGAGUCCAAACGUUCGUUUUCCAGCACAAAAUUAAAUGUUACAGGGGGAAAAAAAAAAAACUUUGUGUAUGAGCAGUAUAUUACAUAAGAGACGACUUUUCAGAUGAAAAAAGAAAACAUAAUGAAGGCUACUGGGUUUUGGUGCAAAAUGAAGAAGCGAGUGUGACAGUGUCCAGAAGAACUGUGUCUGGUUCUGGAAGAUGCUCAGUAAAACCUACAGCUCAUUUCCGCAUCAAACUGCACUCAUUGUACAAGGAGACUGCUAGGGUUUUUUGUUUGUUUGUUUGUUUGUUUAAAUAUAUAAAGUAACUGGUUGUCUCACACCAAAUAUUGACUUUGUUUCAUUUAUUAUGGUUUACUGCUGUUUAUCUCAUCUCAUUAUCU